AUAUUUCCAAAAUCAUUUAAUUUUAUGUGAGAUACAAGUCUCGCACUUCCCCUAAAAACGCGAGGCAAGCCCAAUUUGUCAACGGCCAAUGUUUCUUUGUUCAGAGCGACAGGACACCACAUCAACUUUUAAUUUCUGAGAAGUCAAAUUAAGAAAUUUAAAUAAUUUAAAUAUCCUCCUAUUAACCAAUCACUGACUACUAUAAUUCAAGUCUAAUACUAAAAAGGUGACACUGUGACACGAUGCAGGUUGGAAGUGAGUUAUCGACCCAAGAAAUCGACGACACUACUAAUGCGAUGAUGAUUUUUUCAUUGGACAACACGACGCAUGAUGAUAGUGGCGACCUACAAAUUGACGACACCAAUGUCGCAACCAGUACGCUAAUGAAUCCGUUGUUAUUGAACUUGAUCUUCUCCUACAUGGACGCCCCCACUCUGAAAACCUCCGUUCGACCCGUUUGCACCCUGUGGGCCGAUCUUGGUGCCCCCUUCCUCGGGCGAAAGACCACACAGUUGUUCUCGGAACGCAUAAAAUGUGACACGGAGGUCCCAGAAACCAUCGGACUGGCCACAUUCCACCCCAAAUUGGCCAAAAACGUGAAACUCGUCUCGUGCACGUGUCCCUGCGACUCGCCGGAAGUCCUCCCACGAAAUUUUGUCGCUGCCCGGCCCGAAAUUGCUCGCCACUUGGAGGAACUUGAGGUCAAGAUCGACUCCUCCUUUCUACCUGGGCUGCACAAAAUGUGGAGAUCAAAAGCACAUCUUUUUGAAAACCUGUCCAAAAUUUCCAUCACCGCUGUGCUCUAUACUGACGAAAAUGCAGACAGUAUUCUUACCGGGUCGUACCCAACGAUUGAAAAUGUUAAGAUGAUAUCGAUCAGAAUGGCGGACCAGGACCGCGAUGGCCAAGAUAAGCUGGCAGCCGCAAUAUCUCAACAGUUGGUCUAUUCCACCCCCAACUUGCAAGAGGUUGAGGUUGAGGCCGGGUUUUAUCUAGAUUUUUCCCCCUGCAAGAAACUGGUCAAGUUUAAAUAUACGUUCAUCAAAUUCCUGGACUGGGAGACAGAAGAGCGCUCUGAGGUCGUGGAAAUAGACAAAGUGGUCAAAAUGUUGGAGUCCUGCCGGGAAUCUUUGACCGAGUUGAGUCUCUCCCAGGUACUAUUGGAGGACUUUGAGGAUGAUGAGGACGACGAUGAAAUGCCGACUUUGCUCCUCCUCCCAUCCUUCCCAAACUUGACCCGGUUGUCAAUCUCCUCCAUGGAAGUUUACCGCUUGGGUGACUGUCUGUGCGCGACGAACCUGCCAAAUCUGACUCAUGUCAGCCUCGCAGGCAGCGUCAAGCAAUGGUUCGCCCUAACGGACAUGUUUUCUCAUUUGCGUCACCCUCACGUCGGAGUUACAUCGCUCCACUUGGAUGCCGCGUAUGACGGAGAUGACGACCAUGCCAACAUUGGAACCGAGAUCGUCCAUCUUUUCCCCUCCGUGAAAACGUUACAGUUGAAGGUGACUCUUUUGGAAUACCUGCACAUGGAUGACCUCGAAGAGAUUAGCCUCUUGAAGCAAACUCUGCGAAACUUUGCGCCUUGAGAGCUGACCUCGGCGGUAGUCCAUAUGCAGAAUAUGCGCAGUUCGGGCGUCGUUUUGGGCACGAUGCAGGGUUUGAAGCGAUGGAAAGGUUUAGCCCACACCGAGCUUCGACUUUGCGGUACAAAUGAGCACGCUUUCGUCCUGGGGGAUGACGUGAAAGAGAUUCUUUUGGCCUGCAGGGAAAUCAAAUUGGUCAAAAUGUCGGGAUUUUUGAUGACGGAGACGGAGAAGGACGAAUUUAAAGGAUUUGUUCAAGACAACGGUCUUGCGAUUAGUUUGUCGGAGUAACUUCAUCACAGGAUUCAUAGUUUUAUUUUAUUAAUUACUUGUAUAAGUUUGAUGGAUCUUUGUUAAGCGAUGAAUCAACCCUAUUGUGUUUUGGUGUAAUUCCCGCUGUCCCGUUUUCAAUUUUAGACCUCCAAAAAACAGUUGUCCAGCCCUGGUUAAAACCGAAUUGGACGGCUGUUUCAAAUAGUGGUUAACACUUUCCCCCCUCUCUGUAUUUAAAUUAAUUUACAAUAUACUUUAAAUCAAAUACGUACAAUUUAACAGUUAAGAUUUAGCAAUACUCGUCUCAUGUUAAAGAAAAAUAUUAAGAGUUUUCACUAAUCUGAAAUUAUUCCAUGUUUUUAAAAAUUAUGAGAAAACGUGUCAUGCAAACUGGUUGUUUAUAUGUACCAUGUGACUUUUAUACAAAUCAUGCUAUAUUAACCUUAUGGAAAAUAUAUUAUAUUUAUGCAAAGGGACCGGAAACUUGCAAUAUAAGCCCCAUACUAUGUAUGCACAUGUGACCUUUCAUCUCGUCAGGAUGACACAUGUCGUCGUCACUGGUCCAGCCUUAAAUUUAUGUCGGCGCAUGGAAAAAUGGGAGCGAGAGUUUUACAUAAAACAGAAUGUCUUUACUAAAUAAAAAUCGUCAAAAUGGUAACAAAAAUCGUGUCACGUUUACUUAAUUAUGCCAUUUUUCUCAGUCGUACAAAAAUAAUUAUGUGGUCAUUCAUAAAUCGUAAAAUGUGGAACAUAUAAAAAUCUAAAGUAUGGAAAC